AUGUAUCUACUUCAUACAACUCAAAACCAACGUCAUCGUAGAUCGUACAUCGUACACGCGUGCGUGGCCACGCGGUUGAACCGUGAGAUCCGUCCGAGGAGGCCCGGAACACCGACCAGACGUGCGCGUACCCAGCAGGAAACAUCGCUGUAGUGUAUCUAUACUUCCUGCCCGCGUAUCUCUGAUGUUCCAGUUCCACCUUGUAGUUUCGCGAUCGGUCACAAAUGAAUCGUGGCUCCGUGGCUGAGUUCUCGUGAAAAGUGAAGACCCUGCUGUCAUCAUGCUCGCUGGAUGAUAGGUGUUCGCUUCGCUGCCGUGUGGCCCGACCAACCACACGAGUUAGCACCAACACGGGUAGUUGCUCAAGAAGGAGGACCCGGUUCCCAAGGUACCCGUCAAUCGACUUUUUUUUUCCGAUAUAUGACCCAACGAAUCCAUCUCUACGUAAGAGAAGAGUGUACGAUAGACUAGCAAUGAAUCCAUAGCGUCAGCGAACGCUACCCAAUUGUACAUGGUACAUUUUACUCCCUCUGCUUCCGCAUGUUGUUCAUCCCUGCCUGCCUGCCUGGUUGUUUUUUCCUCUUCGCAUGUCCAACUAAAGUAUCCGUCUGCAGCACACUGGUUCGGUACGUCGGUUGGUUGUUGUGACCUUUUCUUCAUUACGUUGCCUACGGUUUGUGUCAUCAGUCCUUAAAUUUGUCUGUGACACCUCUGCGAAUUACUACAAGGUGCCCUGGCUCCAAAAGGACCCACUUCCCAACACCAACUAUCGAAUUAAGGUGUCCUGGCACCAAAAGAACCUGCUUCCCGAUCGGUACACCUUCUGCUUUGAUUGUACUUCGAUUCUGACAAAAAUGCGGUCGUUUUUAUGGUCCGUCCGGGACGUCCGCGAUCCACUUUGUUUGCCCCCUGUAUGUUCUUUGGUGCACUUUCCUCCUUUUCUCGGGGUAGCGGUGGUUGUUCAAAAUUUCAAAAACCCUCCAGACCGCUCGCCCCGGUGGUUUAGUGGUAUCCUCGUAAUCCGCUAGACUAGUUGCAGAGGUCGUGAGUUCGAACCUCCAUGGGGUGAAAUAACUAGGAAAUGUGCGGGUGAAAGCGAAAUAUGGCUGACAAGCUCUCGUGAGUACCAAACUUCGACGUUAGCAUCGUUGACGAGGGAAAGGGACGGCUGGACCCUUCUCGCGAUAAAAAUAAAAUUCAGCACGCACCGCAGGAGGAAGGGGGGGCAUGAAAAGAAAUAUAAGGCCAAUUGUCAUGGAAGAAUUCCAAAUUUGGAAUCCUCCGCCCUGGGAAAACAAAUUCCAACGCCGAAAUUCCAAUUUGGUAUUCUGUGCCAACCAAGUUAUGGGGAAAUAGGAAUCCGGAGCGUUGGGGGGGUAGAUUACGAUGCACGGAGCGGAGAAUUCAAAAAUGGGCGCGAUUCUAUGUACCGCACUCCCAGCAGACCAUCCUUUCCCUGCGGGCGGGCGUGCGUGCGUACCAUCCGCAACGAAACACCGCGAGCAUGGCCAACUUGCCCCCUGUUCUGAGCGAGUGCGAGCCAAUUGAGUCAUGGGGGGCCGAUCAGCCACGACAGGAGAUAGUUUGGUCGUGGAAUCGAUUCGUUGCCAUGGGACCGAGAGGCGGGGCCUGGACGCAUCAGCAACGCCGCCUGCUGCAAAACCCGGCCGCGUACUACGCCAACCAGUCUGUGAGGGACAAGGAUGACAUGCAGGCGCCUGACAUGCAUGCGCAUGCUGCAAACUGCAUGAGGACGUUCGCGGCUCCUGGGAUUAUACUGUUCUUGACCCAAUCGUGCGGAUUCAGCAUGCCUCAU